GAUUAAUCCAUCAAUUCUGAAGCGCUAGUUUAUUGCAGAAAUUGGGUGCAAUUAGGUUACAAAUUGGUCUAUAAUGUCUUUGCACUGCUGGGCAUUGUUCCCUUAUUUAACACACGCGUAUCGGAGACAAUUGUACGUUUCUCCUGCCUAUUUCUUUGUUAUUUUGCACAAUUUAGUGUUUUGCAUUGAAAGCUAAAAAAAAAUAGUAAAAAAUUAAAAUUCGUAGGUUUAUUGUGCUUACCUAAGAUAAGUUAUGUCUUUAUUCUGUACAUUUUAGUCCUAAAUAUCUGCCACCAUGAACAGCGUAGCCACUUAACUACGCGUAUUGGUUUUCUGGCAUUUAAAAAGUAUAUCUUCCCGAAGGUUUUGCGUUAGGCCUGUAAGGUAAACUGAUACAUUAAUGAUCUUAGUUGUGCGUUUGGCGGUUUGGGGCAUCCCGGCCUUUCAUUGGCUUCCAUUUUUUUUAACACACAAGAGACGUAAUAAAAGAUCAAUGGCUUCGAGGCCAUACAUAAACUGCGAUCCUUUCAUCCACUCAGCCUUUGACUAAACCUACAGAUAUGGUAAUGAGAAGCGCUGUACAUUUCUACGCCAUUCGUUACUGCACACAAUUGAAAUAUAAACAAGUCAACUGCUUUAAAUUAAAUAAAAAGAGAUACACUUUAAGAGUUGCAUACGUACGCAAAUACCGCCUGUCACGUGUCGCACAAUAGAAGAGGUUUUUAAAAAUGGACUGUAUGCGCGGCCGACUAUACUGAACACACCCCGGCGCUGGCAGAAAGCGGGAUUUUACGCAAAUGGAAGCGCCACCAGAUUGCCAUAUGAAGACGAGGACAAUGAGCGGCAAGAAGGUGUCCAAACCUUUAAUGGAAAAGAAACGCAGAGCCCGAAUAAACAAGAGCCUGGAUCAGUUGAAGUCCCUGUUGGAAACCUACUACACUAACAAUGUUCGAAAACGGAAACUUGAGAAGGCCGAUAUUUUGGAAAUGACAGUGAAACAUUUGCGGAAUCUUCAGAGAAGACAACGUGGCUCCACGGUGGAUGCCAAUCUGGCUGAGUACCAGGCAGGUUUCAGAAGUUGUCUAGCUGGUGUGAAUCGAUAUCUUCAGGUGACGAAUGGCGGGAGCAGGACGCUCCGCCUGAACGUCCUCGACCGUCUGUCCAGAAGCCUUUCUGCUCCGGUUCAGGAUUCCAGCACCGCGGACAGCAGCCGUGUGCCGCCGGAAGCUAUAGAAAGGAAGGAUCCCAGAUCAACCGAAGACAAGCAGGGCUCCAGCAUGGCGCUUAACACAGUUCGCCACAUAAUGCGGGACAAUGAGAAAGGCACGUGCGUGAACAUGUCCUCACUUUAUAAAAAAAAAGAAGUUAUACAGGAGCAUGUAAAGCUGUACAAUGGACAUCAGGCCCCGGAGAAAAUCCGUAUAAAAUACUGGAAUUCCAACAACAGGUGCCUUACUGAAAGGCCGAGUAGUAUAAAGCACGCCAUGGUCUGUUCACAAGAUUUUUGGCGCCCUUGGUAG